GGAAAUCUCAGUGACAUACUGCAUUUAUUGAUAUUUCUACUUUUACAUUUUUAUUUAAUAUUAUUUGAACAAAGGAGUAUGACGACUUGGAGUACAAUCAUUACCAUAUGUCUGGCCGUUUUAGGUCUUGCUGAAUAUGUAUACGGAUAUACUGGUUGCUUAAGUCCAAUACCAUGCAAAGAUCCAAGAAGGUGUUGUGGGUGCCCCAAAAUGUUCCGUAAUUGGGGUUCUGGGCGUGGAUACGUCUUUCCUCUCGAUUCCAUAAGAAGCAGCAUGUCAUGCCGGGAUGAGAGCUGCAUAAGUGACAUAUGCAAAAGAAUCGCCAAUAAAAUCGUCGUUAAGGAUACAAAUAGAAAACCAAACGCUGAUAGACCUGUGAUAACUAAGCCUGACACAAGCAAACCAAAGGUAGACAAGCCUAAAAAACCAAAAACUACCAAGACACCUGAAAAGCCAGAAGAAACCACAAAUGAAGUCGUAACAGAACCCCAACCACCACCCGAAGAGGAGUUUGCUGGAUGUUCACCACUUGCACUUCCAAAUGGAGCAAAAAGUAUAAAAAUGAAAAACAGUUACGAACACGGGGAUCAGGUGACAUUUUCAUGCAAGAAGAAGUUUCCUAUCCUACAAGGGUCAGCUACAAGAACGUGUGUCAACGGCAUGUGGGACGGGGAGUUGACAACGUGUACGAAAAAACCUAAAAAGAAGAAGGGGGGUAAAAAGAAAGGCAACAAAAAUAAGGACAGAAAAAAUAAGAAAGAUAGGAAAAAUAAGAAAGACAGGAGAAAGGGAUCCGUGAACUCCACACCGUAAUCUAUAGUGUUAUACUUUGUAAUGGUAAUAAAUGCACCUGUAUAUAUGGUUAUUUGUUGCAGUAAGCGCAUUCAUUUCAGGUUUAAAUGCACCCAUGAGCAGGAUUCUUUCAAAAAAUAAACACUCCAAUAUCCAUGUUUAUUUCUUGUACUAAACGCACCCGUAUACAUGUUUAUUUCUUCAAAUAAAAUCACCCGUAUAGUU